AUGAAAAAAGACAUCAGGGAGGAUGGAGUAUUCAAGAUAAAUGUGGAAACAUCCUCGCUAAUUUUCAGGUACGGAUGGUAUACAUAUACUGUAGUUGAGUACUUUGUAACUCAAUGUUAACUUAAUAAAUCAAUUCAAAGGCCUUUCUCAGCUCAAAAAUAUUGCACAUUACAAAUACCAGUGAGAGAUCUUGAGAGAUCUCAUUACCAUUAGAGAGUUUGGAGUAGAUCUUCACAUAUACUAUACAUUCAGUUUCAGAAAGAAAUGCACAGAAAACAUUAUAUUGUACAAUAGUAGUUACAUGUACAUGUAUAUCUGCUGAUGUUGAGGUUUUGAGGAAUAUUAUAACCAAUAGAGAAUUUUUUGAGAAGCGACCAAUUUUCAUUUCAUCUACAUAUAUAGAACAAACAGUAUAUUGCACAGAAAACAGUAUAUUGUACAAUAGUAGUUACAUGUGCUUGUAUAUCUGUUGAUGUUGAGGUUUUGAGGAAUAACAAUUAUUAUAAGAAGUCACCAAUUUUAAUUUUAUCUACAUAUAUAGUACAAACAGUGUAUUUAUCAUUUCUUUCUGUUCAAAUAGAGGUUUGCAGCCUGAGCAAGAAGUAUUGUUGACUCAUGGNCUCUGACUCUGCUUGUUUUCUCACCAUAGGGCUAUAAUAAUAUCUGGAGGACCCAACAGUGUGUAUGCCGAAGAUGCACCCAAGUAUGAUCCAGCUAUUUUUACCAUUGGACUGCCAGUCCUAGGCAUAUGUUAUGGAAUGCAAGUAUGUCUACAUGGAUAUUAUAAGUAAUUUGUUGAAAUGGAGAAGUAGUUGAAACCCAGGUUAAUCAAACUCUCUAGGGGAAAACAUUACUUUGAUUUACUUUGGAGUUUGAGUUAACAAGGUUCUACUAGUAUUCUACUGCAAAUUUGAGCACUUUCACACAUUUUAGCAGUUAGGUAAGGGUAUACAUUGUACAUGUUGUACAUAGGAUUUUUCUUUAACAAGUGAGGGAGACGUGGUGAGGAAGAGACAAAAAGAAUUUGGAACACAUAGAAGCAAACAAACAUAGCAGCAAACAAACCUUUUUUUAAUUAGUUUACCCUUAUGUUACUUCUGAUCUGUACGCUAUUGUCUAUGGGGGUAACAAAACAUGUAAAUAAAGUCGUCAUCAUUAUUAUUAUUGUGUUUUUGUCUUAAUCUAAAGAUGCUUAACAAAGAGUUUGGAGGAAGUGUCAUGAAAAAAGACAUCAGGGAGGAUGGAGUAUUCAAGAUAAAUGUGGAAACAUCCUCGCUAAUUUUCAGGUACGGAUGGUAUACAUAUACUGUAGUUGAGUACUUUGUAACUCAAUGUUAACUUAAUAAAUCAAUUCAAAGGCCUUUCUCAGCUCAAAAAUAUUGCACAUUACAAAUACCAGUGAGAGAUCUUGAGAGAUCUCAUUACCAUUAGAGAGUUUGGAGUAGAUCUUCACAUAUACUAUACAUUCAGUUUCAGAAAGAAAUGCACAGAAAACAUUAUAUUGUACAAUAGUAGUUACAUGUACAUGUAUAUCUGCUGAUGUUGAGGUUUUGAGGAAUAUUAUAACCAAUAGAGAAUUUUUUGAGAAGCGACCAAUUUUCAUUUCAUCUACAUAUAUAGAACAAACAGUAUAUUGCACAGAAAACAGUAUAUUGUACAAUAGUAGUUACAUGUGCUUGUAUAUCUGUUGAUGUUGAGGUUUUGAGGAAUAACAAUUAUUAUAAGAAGUCACCAAUUUUAAUUUUAUCUACAUAUAUAGUACAAACAGUGUAUUUAUCAUUUCUUUCUGUUCAAAUAGAGGUUUGCAGCCUGAGCAAGAAGUAUUGUUGACUCAUGGGGAUUCUAUUGAUCGAGUUGCUAACAACUUUAAAGUCAUUGCCAAGUCUGGUGAUAUUAUUGCUGGUAUGAAUGUUGUAGUUAAUUUUUUAUCUCAUGUAAUUUUUGUUUUUCUUUGGGUAUGGUAAUGUAUGCUAAUAAAGGUGAAACAAGAGAAAAAAAAAAUUACCUGAGAUGUAUUAUAUACAAAAAUGAUCACACAUGUUUGUGCUCUUGGUUUUAUUAUUAUUAUUAUUAUUAUUAUUAUUAUUAUUAUUAUUAUUAUUAUUAUUAUUAUUAUUGUCAUCAUCAUUAUCAUUAUUAAUGUAUUAUUAUUAUAUUAUUAUUAUUCCAAGUUCACAUGACCCCUACCGUCUGGCUUCGUGAUGCAAACACCAGUAUAAUUUGAACAUUAUUUUGGCACUGUCAGGGAUUUGGUUUCAGGUUAACUAUAUCAACUGACUUUUGUGAGUGCUUUUCUAAGGACUAGUAUAGUGGAACCUCGAUUUAUUAAUGAGGGGCCAAGGGACUGGCGAAAUUUGUUUGCUACAGUGAGGUUACAUUUCAUCGAGGUUCUUUUUCAUAAAUUUUACUGUUACUGGGGAAAAGAAUUUAAUUGUUUGUCAUACCGUGGACUUUGUUAUAUAGAGGUGCGUUAUAUUGUGGUUCCACUGUAGCACUGAAAGUUCACCAGCUACAUGUCCAUAUACAUUUACUGUCAUCAACACCACAGUAGACAAUCAAAACUCCAUAGGAAAAGCAAAGUGAGACAGCAGGGCUGCACAGGCCCAACUACUGGUACAUUGUAUCUGUUUUUGUAGAAGUGACGUUAGUUUAGAGGACAAGUUAGUUUAGAAAUUUUAUUUUCCUGGGACCAACAGAAACGUUCAUAACAAAGAGAUGUCACUAAGGAGAAGUUCAAGUGUAUACAUACAACAUGUUUUAACUCUUUGUAGGCAUUGAGGAUGAAUCACGCAAGUUAUAUGGAGUACAGUUUCAUCCAGAAGUUGAUCUCACAGAGAAUGGCAUAACAAUGAUCAAAAAUUUUGUUUACGGGGUGAGUAUACAUGUAGUGUUGUAAAAUAACAGACUGGUUGUUUGUAAAUCUUGUCUCAUCACUGCCAGUUUUGGAUUUAAAAAACGUCACCUUUCAUUUUGAAUUUUUUAUACCAUUGUUGGCUGAAGAUGGGUCCGUAGGGAAAGAACGAUUGUUGUAAAGCUGAUGUGAUAAACAAUUAUCAAAAUAAUAAUAAUUAUUAUUAAUGUGUGUUUUAUCUGUGAAUUUGCCAGUUCUGAUGCACAUGUAUCUUAGUUUUUACUCAUCCAAAUACCAUUGGCUGAGGAAGAGCAUCGUCUAUGUCACUCUUAAAAGAUUUCAGCUACUUUUUUUCUUUUAAGUUGAAGUACACGUAAUGUACAGUGUAUGAAGAAUUAUCUCAGACCUUGUUGUUAAAAGCAGCUACCAGCUACUGUUUUUAAAGCUUUGCUCAUCAUGUCAAUACUUGACAUGCAGACCUUGGUAUCAUUUCACUUUUAACAGUUUAAAUUAAUAGUCACACUUCACUGUGGCUUUGCCUGAGGCAAAUAGCCUGCACAAAACUGAAUCAUUUCAACGUAAAGAGAAGUAUUACUUGUUAAAAGACAUUAAUUUCACGUGUAUAGAACUACAUUUACUAACAAUAUUACAGAAUAGCCAAUCUGGUGCGUGUGUUGAUAAAAAUAAUAAUAAUAAUAAUAAUAAUGCCCUUUUACAUCAAGGGUGUUUAAAAUCUGGCGUGCCAGACUUGCCUUCAUACAUGUACAAUGAGAAAAGUUGCUUUUGACAUUUUAUCAUCAGGUUGUUGGUUGUUGUGGAACAUAUACUGUAGAUUCCAGAAUGGACACGUGUAUCAGACAAAUUAGAAAGACUGUUGGCAAUAUGAAAGUUUUAGUAAGUACUGUUUGUCACAAACUUUGCUAUAUUAUUGUGAAAAAAAUAGAAGAACACACUCCUAACAGACCAGUGAGUUUGUAUGGGACAAUGUUCAUUGAACAGAUCUUAGCCUUGUGUGCUGCAUCCUUGCAUACUUAGUAGAAGAAAUACCAUCAUCAACAACUUGCCAGAGGAGAGAGGGCCUGGGAUAUACUGAAAAUCAGGCAAUUCUGCUUCUUGGGUUAUUACACUUCUCAAACUCAUUAACAAAUACAAUAAGAAAAAUACAAAGGAAAUUUAUGUUUAAUUGGUGUUUGGAAAUCAGAUGAAAAGUUGCUUAUUUUUGCAUCCUUAACUUUCCCAUCUAAAAUCGUUCUUGUUUGAGAAGUAAUAUCAAGCAUUCGACACAGUGUUUCAUCAACAAAUGAAACACUUCGAAGUUCAUUGCAUUUUCAACUCUUUUGUCAGUGUUUCAUGUGGUGGUGAAACAUUGCUUCUCAUGCUAUUACAACAAGAAUGCUCUAAUAACUGCACAUGCAGGCAACCCAAUGCAGCCUCUUAACCUGUGAAAUCAAGGGAGCUGCUAGCCUUCGCCACAGGUGAAAUGAAGUCCGUCUGUCAGCCAGCAGCAAAUCCUUCUUCUGGAACCCCUGCUGGGUAUGAGGAUCUGAUUUGCCUGCUAAAAAAAGCUAUUUUUGAUUUUCCAAUCAAGUUAAACGGAAGUUUGAAGACACACUUCUGGUAAUUUGUUGAGUUCACUGGAGAUCCAGAACAAGGAUCUCAGCACUGCUUCGCAAACAUUAUUACGUGUUAUUAGGCAGGGUUAGAUUAGCUCUGUAACGCAAGCUAGAGUGCCAUGCUGGGUCAUGGUAUGAGAUUCUUGUAAUGCCUUAGCUUUCCUACACCAUAGUCUCCCAAGGGCAAAAGAAGGCCAUCUGGAGUGUCUAGAGCUGCUAAAGAACAGCCCUGUACAUGUACCUUUAUCAUUAUAGUCAUUGUAAUCAUUAUUAGAGCGGUUUUCAUUUGAGUGUCGAAAAGUAAUUGGUUUUGCACUUUCUACACGAUGCGAUUGGCUUAAAAGAUUCGCGCCACCUUUUCAUCCAAUCAGAAGUAAAACCAAAGCCAAUUGUGAAAGAGCGGUUUUCAUUUGAGUGUCGAAAAGUAAUUGGUUUUGCACUUUCUACACGAUGCGAUUGGCUUAAAAGAUUCGCGCCACCUUUUCAUCCAAUCAGAAGUAAAACCAAAGCAUAUUGUGACGCGCUCGCAUGCAUUUUCCCGCGCUUUGCGUCAGCCACAUGUAAUUACUUCGAGUUUUGAUUGGUUCAAUGUAUUGUCUGUGUCCUAUGUUAUUGGCCAGAGUAAUUACUUUGGUUUUGGUUUUACGACACUCAAACGAAAACCACUCUAAUUUUGAAGGGUAUUGCAGGAUCUACUGUACAAUUAUUGUGCUGACAUGGGAAAGCUGUAUUGUUUCUCCAGGACUGAAAAAUGUCUUUCCACAACUUGAUAAUCAUGGCUGGUUUUAUUUCAGGCACUAUUAAGUGGAGGAGUGGAUUCAACGGUCCUUGCCGCUCUUCUUCAUAAGGUAAUAGGUUGCAUUUCUGUUGCGUUAAUGUCACCCAACAGCCCAUAGCUACAACACUGUACUGUGUACAUGUACAUUUGAAACAUCCUGGUUUUGAAGAACAAGGAAAAGUUACUUAAUGUACAAAUCUUAACUGCUAAGUCAUGGGUUUAAUAAUGGAAGCCCAUGAGCUUUCUAGGUUGGUUACAUUGUAUUUAGAACUUUAAGGGCACUGUAUUUACCAAAAGUCAGAACUGAGCAGGCAGACUGUUCAUCUUGAAAAAAAAAAUGAAAUAUGCCCUUUUCGAGAGUUUUCACCAAAAACCCAACAAUGCUGUGCACAGAAAUUUAAAAAAGACUAAUCUGGUUGGACGGAUCUGUUUAACGGUGGAAUUUUCUUUAGUGAUAGACUGGUUGGCGGGGCAAUUCUGACUAAAGGAAAAUGGUCUUAGACUGAAGCAUUUUGAACUUACUUGUAAAUCUUUACGUCUUCUUGUAUCUUAUUGUUUCCAGGCCCUUGCGCGUGACCAAGUUGUUGCAGUGCAUGUAGAUAAUGGUUUCAUGAGAAAAAAUGAAAGUCGCCAAGUAGAGGAAUCACUAAAACGACUUGGAGUCAGAUUAAAGGGUAACGGCAAUUGAUACACUAUCGUUUUUGUAUAUUUCCAGAGUCCUUAUAAAAUCUCUAAACGUCGCGAUGAACAACAGUCUCUAUCGAGAAACGAGUCAUAAACAAACUUUAUCAAAAUCCCAAGAGUUAAUCCUCUAAUAAGAAUUUGACCAACAAUGUCAUGUAUUGAAUUUCAUUUUGUAAAAUACUCUAAGACGAAUAGUGCCACGUGAAAGUAAGACUGAAGAAGUUUUUCGUUGAUCUUCAAUAUGCUAUUUUGUUUUCUUUCAUAUUCGCAUAAAUUGGUCAAGAUCUUAUCUCGCAUCCGUUAGGCCGAGAAUCUCGGUCGUUCUCUUUUCUGUGGGCAGUUCUAAAUGUUAUGAAACAACAUUUUACCCUUGCUCGUUAAUGAAACAAAGUUAUCGUACAGUCAUAAAAUAUGUGGUAAGCAAGAGUUCUUAUUUUUUGAUAAUCACAUUGUCUCUGCGUUCCUCUUCUCCAGUUGUAAAUGCUGCACUUCGGUUUUACAACAGUUCCACAGUGAUAUCAGGUAGAAAAGAUCAACCGGCCGUCAAAAAGCAAAUCACGAAAACUUUGAACGUUACGACCAAUCCUGAAGAAAAAAGAAAGAUCAUAGGAGAUACUUUUAUUAAGGUAUGAACUUGCUGUUUUCUGCCCAGUGUUUGAGUUUAAGUACGGAUGUAAAGGUGCGCUCGCUCUGCGGGCGCUCAUAUGUGGACAAAAAAUGCCCCCGAAAUUGCGCCCCCUUUGAAGUGGAGUUCGAUCUGGAACAAGCCAUUUUGAAUGCUUGAACCUUCAAUAUAGCACGUUUUAAAAACAGGGAGAAAGGUUUCUGCUGUUUUUCUUUAUUUCUUACCUAGUAAGAAGUUGUAAAUACUAUUUUCUUGGUAUGGCGGUGAAGGUAUUUUGGCCAGUUACCGGUUGUAGACCCGGCGGAAGUGCAACCAGGGGCGCUUUCCAUUUAGGCAAAACUUCCGGUUGGAAGUUCCGGAAACAUUCCGGGUUAGAAGGAAAGGCUUUCCAACCAUAGAGCCUCGUUUGCAAUCUCAUUGCUCGUGUGAAUCAAAAAUCUAAAAGCGAAAGUAAUUUUCAAUCACUGUGGCAAUAGCAGCAGUUUGUUGCUGUUUUGUUAGAAGACAUUAGAACAGAUUUCAGAGAACUAUUUUCAACGGAUUCCAUUCUGAACGAUAUGAGAAGAGGGAAAAGAAAAACUGCAACUGCCCGAGAACAACGCUCACUGGCAAACAUUGGAAAUGGCGGGACAAAUUCAAGGCGCCAGCCGCCGGCCGACACAGAAUUGCGCAAAUGGAAGUGGAACACCUCGGAAGGUCCUUCGGUUGUUCCGAAAAAUUCCCGGUCGAACUGCGCGUUCAAUUUGCAUUUAAACCGGUCGAUCCGGUAAUUUUGCCUAAAUACAAAGCGCUUCAGACUGGUAUUACUACGUUAUGCCGUGGAAGAAGUGUGACUUAACAAUUAUAGAUUUGAAUUUGCUGUACGGGUGCGUGUGUUCUUUCAGGUUAUGUUACACAAAUCAAAGAGACAAUUUUUAACUGUACAAUCUUUUGACUGCAGAUCGCUGAUGAAGUUAUCAAUGAGCUUAAUCUCACAGAACACAACACUUUCCUAGCACAAGGUAUUUCCAUAAUCAUUAUUUCAUUUCCAAUACUAGGUGUUAGUACAAUGUAUCUUCAACCAUCUUGACCAUACAGGACGUAUGAUUUCCACCAUCUGCGAACUCCCUUCAUACAACUUCAUUAUUUUCUCCACUAUUAAGGGAGGACAGGCGGGGAUGGUAACCCGGGAGAAAGGGGGGAGGGGUAAGGAGGCGAGAGAAAAAAGGGUAGUCUAAAUAAUAGAAAGAUUAAAGGGAAGAAGCCAAGGAAACAAGAGGUGGGAGCCGGUUAUGCAAUGUACGGGAGGCUGGGGGAGGGGUUGGACCCCCUGUUCCCACGCUCCGCUCUUACAAAACGAUGCCAAAACGAGUGUUUAGCCUCAUGAAUUCUUUAACCUGCAAGAUGGAAACUCUCGGAAGAGGGGAGGGAAUCCUUCAGGCUAUUUAUGCUUUUGUUGUUGUGUUUUAUGCCGUUAUAGGUACCCUUCGACCAGAUCUCAUUGAAAGUGCGUCAUCACUAGCAAGUAGCAAAGCCGACGCUAUCAAAACUCACCAUAACGACACGGAAUUAGUUAGAAAUUUACGAGCAAAGGUGAGCGCACAAAAAUCUUCGAGAUAUUCCUCCGCAAAGUCGCGAGAUUUUUACAGACCCCUGACGUUUGCAGGAGACUAAUCGGCUCGUGACGUUUUGUUCAUGUACAUGUAUGGUAGGUACGUUGUAGUCUCCCAGGCAGCCGUUUUUUGGAUGUCACGCAACACUCCCCCAAAAGAACUUUUUGGGGGGGAGCGUUGCGUGAUAUCCAAAAAACCGCUGCGAGGGAGACUAUAUGGUAGGGGAGCUCUCCACGAUACAAACGUCUGAAAAAUAUAACGCACUUUAUUUGAGUGUCAACGUGUUUAGUACGAAAGUUCUAGAGGCGCUCACUAUUUUGGGACCGCAAUUUUACUCGGUUAUCAGAGGCAGGCGAAAGUCUGCCAUUUGCAUGACUAAGGCAGUACUUCUUAGUUUGUUAGACCCUGAAGGGGAAUCGGGAAUCGAACUUGCCACCACGCGCUCUGUAGUGAAGUGCUCUACCGACUGAGUAUAGGGAACUUAAGCACCAGACGUUCUUGGUACCACGGACGCCAACCGGAAGUAUUUUUGCAGCAUGACAGCCAUUGCGCAUGUCAAGACGUUCUUGAGCUGCGAUUACGGACUUCAAAACGCGAGUUCUCAGGUUGAAACCAGAGGUUCCAAUUCUGUGUUCUUCGAAGAGUGAAAUUCUCCGUCUGAAAUCAUGUUUUCUUCGUAAGAAAGAAACAAAACUUAACGCAAAUCUUUGAAAGGCAUUUUCAACUGAAUUAUUCUGUCGGCGUUCGUGAUGGUUUCACGUUGUUUUGCUUAAUGAUUUGCAUUUGGCAUGCGAACCGCGUCCUCGAUCCAGUUCUGCGCGGCCAGCUAUGCCGUUACUGAAUCAAGAACGUCUGGUGCUUAAAUUCCCUUAUAUCCUGCAUCGGCGACUUUGUCGAGGUUUUCAUCAAUCGCUUAUUUGAUAACCUUGAAUGUGGGAGAAAAAAUUACGGUGUUUUAUUAUGUGCGAAUUCUGGAAAAGUAUUGAAUUUUGCGUGCAAAAAUCUGUACGAACGUUUUGAAUAAAAUCCCCUAGUAAAUGAACAUUGGACUGCAAUAAGCUGCAAGUUCAAGCAACGCGGGGUCAACGAGCCAACUUUGAGAUAAACGCCUAGGACCUUUAAUAUUUAGAAGAUAUAGUACCCGACCGAACUUGAAAUACUUGUUUUUAUUUCUUUCCAGGGACGAGUUAUCGAACCAUUAGCAGAUUUCCAUAAAGAUGAAGUCAGAGCUCUGGGGAGGGAUCUAGGUCUACCAAUAGAGAUGAUUCAAAGACAUCCAUUUCCUGGUAAGUUAUUGUCUUUGUUUGUUUUGCUUUGUUUUUUGCUGUCGCUAUUGUAGCUUUUUCAAUUUCUUAGGGUUUUAUCCGUUUUUCUUUGACCUUUUAUUUUUUAUUUCCAUGACUAAUAACAUUUUCUUUAAAGUCACAAAUGUCCGAAAUUUAAAUGUAUUUCUGAUCCCUGAAAUAGAUGACUUUUGCACUGGAUAGAAUUUACCUUGAAAGACGUAGCGAUAUUAAAUCUGGUCCUUUAAAAGAAAACAUUGCGUCAAAAGCAAUGCUUGCAUCUCACAAUCUAGAAGGAAUAAAAUAGAUAUCCUUUUAAAAUCCACAGACUUCAACAAAUCUCUGGGCGCCAUCUUGAAAGUUCUUUUUUUAUCUCCUUCAGGUCCUGGGUUGGCCAUUCGCAUCCUUUGCGGUGAUGAACCUUACCAAGGCAACGAUUAUGCUGAAACAAAUAUUAUUUUGGGGCAGAUUGUAGACUUUGUUACUGCCGUUAAAAAGGUAUGUGAAUGACGCUUUGUACCGGUAGAAUAAACACACGCUUGACGCUCGGUUCAUUCAAUUGAAUGCGAGAGGCUUAUUCGGCCUAUAUAUUAAAGUUACUCUGUUAGUAAAUGUUAUAUGCAUUUAUAUGUAAUUUAAAAAGUGAAGAAGUUAUUCCCUGACUGCACAAACAGCUUUUACGCACUCAUGAAUUGAAUUCAUUGACACAUCUUAUAAUGGUAACAAAAAUAUUCAUUAAAAAAUAACAGACAAAUCAUGAACAAAAGUGCCGUGUUAAUAACUUCAACCUAAACUUCUAUUUUCUAAACUGCUACGCAGCUUAAGGGAAAUUCUUUCGUCAUUUGUUUAUCAUACAUCUUAUAAUGGACAAUUUUAGCGCGCUCUGGUUCGAUCUGUGCGAGACCAACAAGAAAGCAUAGAGACGAAAAGCGGUUUUUUCGGAUUUCCAUACUUGCGUCGUUAAUUUCCGUUUUUGUUGGUAUAUUUUUUAAGUCGGUUGCAUAGAAACACCGGUGAUACUUUUUUGGAUGCUUUAUGCUUUGAUUGUAAUUGGCCGCUCCAGAAAAUACCAUAACAUACCACAAUACUCUUUGUUGGACACUCCAAAAUUUUGCAAUGACAAUAUGACAAUGUUUAUGGAAAAUUUUGGAGUGACCAACAAAGAGUAUUAUGGUAUGCUAUGGUAUUUUCUGGAGUGGUCAAUUCGCAACUUAAAAAACGAGAAGGGACCUGGAGCCGAAUUGUGUCCCGCAAUUGAUUUUGGGAUCGUUACUGGGGACGCGCCGGUCAGCUAUUGGUCCCCAGAAACAUUCCCAGAAGUCUUUGCAAAGGUUAACUCGACCCAGUCUCUUUCUCGUUUCUAAAGUGGUGAAUUCCUCUCUUUUGUGCUUAGCCUCAUUCACUGUUCAGUCGAGUUAAACUUAGUACUUCAGAGGACGACAGAGAAAAUCUAUUGGAGAUCACAUCAAAGUACAGAAUCGGCGCCACUCUCCUGCCAAUCAAAUCUGUGGGGGUCCAAGGAGAUGGCAGGACUUACAGCUAUGUUGUAGCGUUAUCAAGCAAUGAUUCACCCGACUGGCUUUCGCUGCUAUUCCUUGCUAAACUGAUACCUAAAGUUUGCCAUAAUAUUAACAGGUAAAUUCUUUCUGUCUUCUAAUAUUAACAAUAACAGUGUAUUACAUUUAACCGAUCAAGGUAACGAGAAGUAAAGAGAUGAACCUUUUCCGCAUUCCGCCUCAAGGUGGAUUUUUACUGUCGCGUAAUUUUUCCAAGCGUACGCACGUAAACUUUACGCGCGUAAAUGAAAUAGAGACAUGUAUGGAAGACGACAGAGCUGCGUGAAGAUUGGGAGCAAGUCAAAUUGAGGGAUUUUCCCUCGCGGCUCGUUCGGCAAGGCGGCUCCCCCCGCUAAGAAACUAGAGACGUUUAGAUUCGAGGACGAGAACCAGUACGUGUACGAGAUUUGAUUUAAAGUUUUUUCGCGUAGUGUCAAAAAAUAGACACCUUGGAAUUCUUCAUUGUACUUUUUUUCACCUGAAAAGUUAGCACUGUUAUCGGUUUUGAAGGAGGUUGAGCCUUCUCCCGAUUGCAAAAUGCUAAAACUUCUAACAUUUGAUAACUUAUUCCCGCGAAUACGACACUCUGGCUAAAACUUGUAGUAGAAUGACGACGGCUACCACGUUUUCCCGCCAAAAUGACGCUGGCUCACGCGCGAGCACCACUUACUAUUGAGAAAAUGUCGUACUCGUAGUCGUUCUCGUCUUAGAAUCUGAAGGUCUCUAGUACCUCGGGCACAGGUAAUCCCGCCAGCUACGCAGGUUAAGGUUUUGGAACUUGGCCAUGGCCUAUUGUGUUGAACGCCCGUGCAAACAUUCUCUUACUGGGGAGGUGAUCGGAAGGGGGUAAAUCUAAUCAAUAAUAAAUUACUUCAUUACAACUUGUUUGAGUUUUGUCACUUUUCUUUCAGAGUCUGUUAUACUUUCGGGAAAAGGAUCAAGUUCCAAAUUCAGGAAAUUACUCCCACGUUCUUGUCAACAGGCGUGAUUGGUACAGCGAGGCAAGCAGAUCACGUGGCCCACUCUGUACUUCGUAACCACGGUGUGUAAACUUUGCAAACUCAAUUUGAAGAACUUAACACCAGCCUGGCACCCAAAUGAAGCAUGUGGUAAAACGUUUAAGCCACAUGGCACUUAAAUUGCUGCAUGAACUGAGAUCCCUGAGACUGUAGUCUGCGAAGUGAUGUGUUCAUGCCUGAUUCUAUUGCCUGCAACACCCAUAAUAUUGUUUAUGCUCUUGUACACUACAUAGUUUCUACCCUCGUUAAAAUAGUCAAUGCGUUUCUGUGGUAUUCUGGGGAAGUGCUUCUCUGAGGUAACCAGGGGGCUGUUUUGUGACUGCUUUGUAUUUGAAUUGCUCUGCUUUAUGAUUCGCUGAAGGAUUUCGUGCCUUUUUCUUAGCCAAUCAGGAGAAAACCCCAAACAAAUCACGUGACUUGCUCACACGCGUUUUCCCGCCGGACUGUCACUCGCGGCACGCAUCACCUUCAAGAUAUAAUUGGUUCAUUUGAAUGUCUCCUCGUGUCAUGAUUGAUCAGAAGCAUUGCUAAGGUUUUGCUUUUACGAUGCUCUUUUGAAAACAGCCAUAAUAAUUGAUCACUGCAUUAUUCUCGCAGGUUUAUUGGCUCAGAUCAGCCAGAUGCCCAUCGUAUUAAUACCCGUUCACUUUGACCGUGAUCCGAUAGACCACAUUCCAUCGUGUCAGCGGUCUGUGGUGAUAAGAACGUUUAUUACAAAUGACUUCAUGACUGGGGUACCCGCCACACCUGGAAAGCACAUCCCUAUAGAGGUAAGCGGCUCUGAUAUCCGUGAUGGUUCAAGGCAACCCGGUGUUUAGUCUCGAAUAGUCUCUCUCGCAGCCGUUUUUGGAUGUCACGCAACGUUCCUCCAAAGGAAGAACGUUGCGUGACAUCCAAAACACGGUCUCGAACAACUCUAGCCUUAUCAAUUCUGUAAUGUUUCUUGGAAUUUCUUCUCAAAACGGCAAAUUCUUUGGUUUUCACCAAAACGGGCGCCUCGAGUUAGUAUUUACCGUUGUUGUCAUUUUCUUGAAAUCUCUUUACGCAUUUCUUAAGGGAGAUUACCAUUGGGCAGAGUUUGGGGGCCAGACUAGCCUGCGUAGCAGGCGCUUGGAAGUAGUGGGCGAAAGAGAGAGCGGGCGAGGGAGACACGCCUCCCCUCGCGUGUCUCCUUCUCGCGCACCCGUUUUUUCUUGUGCCCACUGCUUCCAAGCACCUGCCACGCAGGCUAUGGCCAGACCUGUCCAAUAGACCUGUUCGGCUAACUCAAUGUUGUACCCAAUUCAAAUCUGUCGGGGUUAAGAUUCUUUGUGUAUUGUAUUUGCAUUAUGAUGUGGCAUUCACAUUUAAAUGAUAUGGAAAUUCCUGAAACAAAACGUUUUAUUCCCAAAGGCUUUGAAUUGGGUACAACAUUGAGUUAGCCGAAUAGGUCUACGGUAAGGAGAGUUCUACUAUUAAUCAGGACCAUCAGUUGGUAUACACAGAUGCGAUGGGUUUGAGGGAAUUUUUGAAAAGACUAAUGCGUAUUUCAUUUUCAAAUUACUUGUCUGGCCAACCAGUUCUGGCUUUCUUUUAAGCGCCAUUAGGUGACACUUAUAGCUCUAACUCUGGUCAGAACUAGCCGACCAGAUCACCCCUUUUGUAAAAAGAAUUCCACUGUUAUGUGUUCUUCUCCUCAGGUUUUGAAUGAAAUGGUUGAAUCUUUACAAGACAUUCAAGGAAUCUCGCGUGUUCUGUAUGAUUUGACCGCCAAACCGCCAGGAACAACCGAAUGGGAAUAA